AUGCAUAAGUACAAUUCACCGCUCGUGGAUUCGGUGUUGGCAAAGCUGGUCAAAGCUCGAUAUUUGACGCAGACGGAAUUCUUGGAGACGUUCUUCUACAACGACAUUCAAGUGAAAGAGCUCAUCCAGGAAGCCUCGUUCGUCAUUAAAAACGAACCAAACGUUUUGAAGCUUGAGGCCCCGAUAAACAUUUUUGGUGAUGUGAAUGGAGGCUUUUUCAACGUGCUUCGCUUCUUCGAUCUUUGUGGAUAUCCGCCUCACUCGAAAUUUCUAUUCCUCGGAAAUUUGGUUGAUGCAACGUCUGAGUCGAUUUAUCUGCUGCUACUACUUCUUACGCUGAAACUCAAUUUCCCGGAUUGCAUUUAUUUACUUCGUGGAGUAAAAGAAACGACAACCGUAUUGGAACACUUGGAAUUUGCAACAUAUUGUGCCAAUUUCAAACCAACGAACGACCCCACCGAACUAUUUGACAUGAUCACUGAUCUUUUCGAAGUACUUCCAGUCGCGGCGAUAAUUAAUGAAAAAGUCUUCUGCGCACACUCCGGGAUCAAUCCCAGUUACGACUUUUUUACGAAACUUCACGCAAUUCAACGACCAAUUACGAUCACCAUACCAGACGAGGGACCAGUUACCGAUUUGUUAUGGGCGAAACCGAAUGAACAGGAUUACGGAUGGGUGAAAAGCCCGAGCGACAUCAGCUACGUUUAUGGUGCAGAUGUGAUUGCCGAAUUCCUCCUUUAUCACCGUUUUCAAUUUAUUUGCCGCGGAAACUCGUUUUUCCCGAGAGGAUUUAAACUAGAGGCGAUGGGCCAAAUUGUCAGCCUCUGCUCAGCGCCGAACUACCAGGGAAGCCAGAACUAUGGAGCGGUGAUGAUACUGCAAGCAGAUCUCAGCUAUAAAAUGCAGCUUCUGGAAAUUAGCGACCCACCUUCACCGGAGUCCGAAAACACU